AGUACGCAUGCGCCCUUCCUCACGUGUGUGGAGAACAACAUGACAGCGGCUGCAGCCUCUGAAUGAAGUGCUCUACCGCGGGUUCAUGAGAUGUAAUUAAUCCGACAAUUAGCUUGCAUUUCUGACGGACAACAGCGAUGGCAAUUCGAGCUAUACGGAAGUUUCGUUGGGUAGAGGGGUUGUUCUGUGUGUACAAACCCCCCGGCGUCCAUUGGAAGCUCGUCCGAGACAGGAUAGAGACUUGUAUUCUUGAAGGUGUAAAUGGCACCCCUUCCUUGGCCCCCAGGGUCGGGCUGUUGGGACCAGGCGGAGGUCGCACUGACCUGACGCUCACUGCGGGCUCCCUACCCCCUGGGGUCAGGCUGUUGGGACCAGGCAGAGGUCCCACUGAACUGACGCUCUCUGCAAGCUCCCUGGCCGCUCAUCCUCUGGUCCGUGGACCUGAGUUCAGACGGAUCAAAGUGGGAGUCGGACAUCGUCUGGACGCUUCAUCCUCCGGAGUGCUGGUUAUUGGAGUUGGACGUGGAAACAAACCACUGAAUGAUCUUUACCAAAUGUGCUGUACAAGGGAUUAUACUCUGGAGGGUGAAUUUGGAUUUGCAACGGAUAAUUUCUCUCGCACGGGCAGGAUUGUUGAAAGAUCCACAUAUGAUCACGUCACACAGGACAAGCUGGAGAAAGUCCUGGCCAUGUUGCAGCAGGCCAAUCAGAAGGCCUUGCUCAUUCACUCCAACGUGGACAUGCGCUCACAGGAAGCCUAUGAGAUGGCUGUGACAGGGGAACUCGGUCCGCAGGGGAAGUCCCCCCCCAUCCUAACCGGCCUCCGGGUCACAGGCUUCCAGCCUCCCUUCUUCACUUUGGAGCUGCAGUGUCUGAAUGAAACCCAGCGGUAUCUACGUAAGGUGGUGCACGAGAUCGGUCUGGAGCUGCGCAGCACAGCUUCCUGCACGGCGGUGCGGAGAACACGAGACGGACCCUUCACGGUUGACCAGGCCCUGACCCGGGGUCAGUGGACCGCCGCCCAAGUGGCUCUGACCAUCCAGCACUACAACAACUCCAAGAGACAAAGCAGGCCGCUGCCCGCCCCGGCAGCGCUGUGAUCUGUCUGUCCAGCAGAGUCCUGCGGUUGGCAGUGAAGACAGACAGACUCGCAAUGAAGACUAUCUGGAUCAUUGCUGAACUUGUUAGUUAGACAACCUCCAUUUACAUAAUUCACUGGAGAUAAUUAUUUUCUUGACCUGAUCUUAAAGUGAAGUAUUUUGCUUUUCCUAAUUAAAGGGCCUCUAUUUUACACCCAGGUGUGAGUCUGAUGAGCCACUCAAAGCGGUAUCAGAAUCUGCCCUGUGACUUGGUGACGUCACAAGUGGGAGUGGCCUCCUAGAUUGGCAAUCUGUAGAUAAGCCUGUAGUUGCUACAGGCUGGUACAUUGAUCUGUUCAGAUUGUACCUGGGUAUUCCAGAUAUCACAGGGCAUGGCAGGACUUUUGAAGGAACCCAAUAGGGUUCCUUCAAAACGACUUUAUACUCCUAUCCUGCCCUCAUUCCCACAUGGGUUCUUGCUUCGCCCACUUUACCAAGGAUGUAUCGGGGCGACCUGUGGGGACUUGGGACAGCGAGGUAUUAGGGCUGUCACUUUUUAUUCGAAGUUCAAAUAUUCGUUCGAAGGUGGCGUGAAAAGUUUGAAUUCGAAGUGUAAUUCUCCAUUCGAACUGUGUGUGCUGCCGUCUCAUAAGAACUUCAGACCAUUUUAAGUAGUCUGCUUUCGAUCCAGCAGAGGGCGCGCUAACAUUUUAUAUCAGUUUGACCUGUUGCCGACCCUCUUGGCCUGGCUAUCUGUAUCGAAUGUUGAAUCAACAUUCGAUACAGAUAGGCCAAGAGGGCUUUGAAACAAAACGUAACUGAAGAGAACGCGAACCGAGAUACGGCUAUUAAAAAACUGCUAUUAAAAAUGGAGAAUUGCGAGGAGUACAAUGCUGAGCGGACCAUAACGAUACCAUCACAUUUAAAAAGCAUCGUAUGGAAGCAUUUUGGCUUUUACACCGUGGGUGGAAAAGUCACAAACAAAGACAAGUCCGUUUGUCGUCUUAGUAAAAGAGAGCUGUCGUACUUAUCGACAACAUCAAAUUUGCGCACUCAUCUGCUAGCUUACCACCGAAAUGUAGCAGCAGAGUAACAACUGCCGAGCGGAGCAGCACAGAGUGUACAGCCGCGCGUGACAGCAUUCUAUUCGGCUCACUCAGCAGGCCCCUUACCUGACGCCCGUAACAAGGGCGUCCUCUUGUUGUGUUUACAAAUGUGUUAUCAAAGAUGUGUUUUUAUCCUGUGCUGUUAUGAAUUCAGUAGGUAUACGUGAUUUCCACAAGAAAUAAAAUGAGCAACAUAAAAAAUCAA